AUGAUGCUGCGACCGCAACGGCGAUCCCCACGCCGCUUGGCGGAACUGCUCCGGGAUCGCAUCGGAUCGGGCGCUCUCGAGUGUGCAAUGGGCUGCUUCACAUGGUGCGAGAAUGCCUGCUGCGUCUCAUCACCGGCCACCAGCGUGGAAGCAGUGUCCGUGAAGUUGGACCUUCUCCCUCAGCAUGUCUACAUCGAG